AUGGCGGGCAGUGAAACAGCCAUUGUGGUUAUUGACAAUGACUCGAGAACAUGCAAAGCAGGGUUUGCUGGAGACGGUUCACCCAGGGUGGUGGUCCCCACCGUUGUGGGGAGGCCAAGGUGCCAGGGUGUCUUGCAAGGCAUUGGCAAAGAGGACUACUAUGUGGGCUACGAAGCUCAGAGCAAGAAAGCCAUCCUGACCCUACAGAACCCCUUGGAAUGUGACUACAUCUAUAACUGGGAGAACAUGGAGAAGAUCUGGCACCACUUGUAUGACAGGUUGUGGGUGGCCCCGGAGGAGCACCCAGUGCUGCUCACAGAAGCGCCACUGAACCCCAAAGCCACCCGGGAGAAGAUGGCCCAGGUCAUGUUCGAGACCUUCAACACACCGGCCAUGUACUUGGCCAUCCAGGCGGUGCUGUGCCUCUACGCCUCUGGCCGCACCACUGGCUUUGUCCUUCAUGCAAAGCAUGAACGAAUGUGUCCUGCUACUGUCUAUGAGGGUCACGCCCUGCCCUACUCAUUCUUGCGUAUGGACAUUGGAGGCCGUGACCUGACCGACUACCUCAUGAAGAUCCUCUCUGAGAAAAGCCACAGCUUCACCUCUGCAGAUGGGACGGCAAUAGCAGAGGACGUCAAGGAGAAGCUCUGCUACGUCGCCCUGGACUUCGAGCAGGAGAUGGCCACGGCCGCCUCGUCGUCCUCCCUGGAGAAGAGCUACGAGCUGCCCGACGGGCAGGUGAUCACCAUUGGCAACGAGCGCUUCCGCUGCCCCGAGGCCCUCUUCCAGCCCUCCUUCCUGGGCCUGGAGUCGUGCGGCAUCCAUGAGAUCGCCUUCAACUCCAUCAUGAAGUGCAACAAGGACAUCCGCAAGGACCUGUACGCCAACACGGUGCUUUCGGGUGGAGCCAUCAUGUUCCCGGGCAUUGCCGACCGGAUGCAGAAGGAGAUCACGGGCCUGGCCCCCAGCACCAUGAAGGUCAAGGUCAUCGCCCCCCCAGAGGGCAAAUACGCAUCCUGGAUCGGGGGCUCUGCCUUGGCCUCCCUCUCCACCUUCCGGCAGAUGUGGAUCAGCAAGCAAGAGUACGAUGAGUCUGGCCCAUCCAUCGUCCACUGCAAAUGCUUUUAAGGCUCUGUGCUGCCU